CUUCUCCCCGCCGCUAAACCAGGCUGCUUUAGCACGAGCUCGGGAUUGAUUCGGACCAGACCUUGGCCGCGUCCUCGAGCAGGCGGUCAACGUGAGGGAGGAGCCGCCCCGCCGCACUUCCGCGGUGGUGCCGCCCCCAUCCCGGAUGCCGACAGUGCCGGGUCCUGGAGUUGCCUGCGAUGGGGGCGAGGAUGGUGGAUCUCAGCGGGGACAGUGGAUGCGGGGGCGAGGGCGGCCGUGCCGCCGGCUAAGAGGAGGCGGGCGGUGGCCGUGCCGUCCUUGAAGACCGCGACGGCGGCGGCAGGGCGGAGGCCAUCCAGCGGCUCUUCAAGCUGUGCCGCGCCGUAUUCACGGCCCUGGCCCACGCCAUGCUCGACAUGAUGAGGCAAGAAGAUAUCGGCCUAAGCUCAAAGCCUGGGAGCACGGGACGGGAAAACUAAAGCAACGGGAGCGGCAAGUUUCAGAAAAUUGACAGUGAAUUGGGGACCGAAUCGGAUUCGGAAAAAGGAAACCGUCCGUGUCUCUAUUUGGAAAUUUGACGCGUCCUCCGUCGCCUGCAAGUCCAUCGUCUACAAAUAUCACUACAUCCUCGCCUCCACACACCACCUUUCUAUCCAGAUCCCAAUCGCCCGCCCUCGAUCGGCAUCAACUCCUAGCUACAAGCAGCAGAUCGGGCAGCCGCCGGGCAGGAUGGAAGGGCUCGACGUCUUCCAGCACUACCGUCUGAAUCCUACGGAUGUGGAGGCCGUGACUUACUACCUGCCACGCCUCAUCGCCGGCCAGCUGCAUGGCGCCGAGAAAUUCAUCCACCACGUCGACAUCUACAGCUGCGAGCCCAAGGAUCUCGCCGCCAAGAUUGCGCCCGUGCCGCAGGCCGCCAGCAGCGGCGACCGCUUCUUCCUCACCACGCGCAAGAGCAAGAACGGAAGCAAAACCCAGAGCGUGCGCACCGCCGCCGGCGGCACCUGGACCGUCAAUGCUACCACGACCGUCAGACACGCGGGAGUCGAGGUCGGCGAGAGGAAGAACCUGUCGUUCAGGAAGAAGGGCAAGUCCACCGGCUGGGUCAUGGAGGAGUACAAAUGCUUGCUGCCAGAGGCCGUCGUCUCUGACGGGGUGAAGGUGUUCUGCAAGAUCCACUUGGCUCAGCAUCCUCCUGACGCGGCCCGCCAAGAAUCGGCCGCGUACAAGCUUCAAGAACCGCAACGAGAGCCUGUGACUGCGAGCACGCACGCACAGAAGAGGCCAGCGCCGGCUGCCGCCGCCGAUCCUCAUCCGCCGCGCCCCAACAAGAGGAUGCGAGGAGCAGUCCCCGUCCCGGCACCUGCCACACCGUCGUUCUGGACGCAUGGUGAGGCAGCCAGAGCAAUGUAUGGCCCGCUGGCUUGUACCAACUUCACUGUUCAGGAUGCACAAGUACCUGCUGUGGCUGUACCAGCGGCAAUCGAAGGUGCUUCAGCAUCAUGCGAGUCCACUACAACAUCCAGCCACUCCGGCGUUGCUUCUUCCUCAGAUAAUAUGCAGCGACAAGCUCAAGCUCCUGAGAUUUCCUCCCAGUCAGAUGUGCUGGAGUCUGUCAAGCAUUACAGCCAACAACAGAUGAUUGUUCCUGAGGCUGGCUCAAGCAUUGCAAGGAGCACAUCUGAAGAGGAUGUCUUUGAGCCAUUGGAGCCUGUUUCCAAUUUGCUGGAUGGGGAGGCUGAUGGUUUUGAUAUUGAAGAACUAAUGAGAAUGAUGGAAGACGACCCAAUUGAAGCUGAGCCGGUCACUGGAGCCAACACUGGCGUGGAGAUGGGCCAACAGGAACCUUUGUACCUGGAUACCUUGGACCAAGGCAUGCUGGACGACAUGCUGCAGUCGGAUGAACCUUACUCAAUGUGGAUAUCAGAGGAUCGGGCCAUGCACGACCCUUCCUUCCAUGAUGCUGACAAGCAGAAGAGGUACAAUGCCGCGUCUGAUCUUGACGCUCCAUCGCUUCAGGGACAGGACCACUUGUUCAAACCGCGGCCGUGUUUCUCCGAUCCAUUUGAAGCAGCGUGGAAUGCCGAAGAGGCGCUCGAGAAGGAGAAGAGGGACAAUCUUCACGCUGGACCGCUUGGAGGACACAACAACUUCUUCUCGUCUGCAAGUGUCCAUUAAGUCCGAUGUUGAAAUUGUUUUCAAAGUGUAUAUGAGGAUACUCGCUGGCUGAUAUAUUAGUUCAUCAUUGCACGAUCGCCACACAUGUACCUCUGAGCAAUUUGCUCCACUUGUUCAUGCUAGCGAAAA